UAAAUAUUAACAAUGCAACAAGUUUUCAUUUUCUUCACAGCAAGCCUUUUAUCUUCGAAGACAGUCACAGGAAAAAGUGCACGAUUGGGAGAGGAAACGAAGAAUGAAGAGCCACAGCAGUAUGAGACUGCACCUGAUCUAACUGCUCUAGUUAAUCAGGUCCACGUUGAGCUACGCCAAGCCCAACUGGAGUAUGGCACAAACCAAGUGACGGACACUACAAACAUGGUCAUGGUAAGCUACAGCUGGAACGAAAAAGAACCUGCCAGAAAUAUUUACGCUGCACUGAAAGCCAGCGGAAUAAACGCCUGGAUCGACUACUACAACAUGACUUAUGCGAAUAACCUGCCUCAAGCGAUGGGCGAAACCGUCGAAGACUCGACUGUAAUUGUGAUAUGUUAUUCACAAGCUUACCAAAAUAGUCAAAAUUGCAGACAGGAAGCUCUCUAUUCGUUUCAAUUGAAGAAAAAACAAGUGUUCGCUAAAGUACAGGAAAACUUCAAGGCCACGGGCUGGUUAGAAUUCAUUGUAGCAGAUCAUCAGUACUACAACUUCUACGAUGAAUCUUUGUUCGAAUCAAACUUUGAGAACCUGCUCGGAAACGUGGAAGGGGGGCUGAAUGGAUCAGAUGUAAAAAGCCCAAAGCAAGACAAACCAAAACAGGCCACCAAUCAAAUGGUACCCGAAAUUCAAAAGACGAAAGUCAGCCCGAAAAAACCGCCUCCAAAAAACCUGGAACAAAUUCUUUCACAAUCCAGGAAUCGACGAGUGUUAGGACAUGACGGCCUGUUCACGGGGAACACCCAGAAAGAAAAAAAUACCGCGGAAACAAAUCAGGACAUCUCUGCCAAAGGGCAACCAACUGAAGCGCAAAACAUAGACAACCGCAACGUAGUCUGUCAAAUAGAUGUAGUCCCGACACCAGAGGCAGUAUCAAAAGAUACAGGCAGCGCCACACCUCAACAAGAAUCUCAAGAGGUAAUUUCAUUGUCAUCCUCAGUAGAGCGCGUGGAGAUCCAGUUGGAACCAGUUACACCGGAGAACGUUAGAGCCUCCAGCCAACAAAAGGACAAUGUCCUCAAAACUCCGACACAAGUGUGCGAACAAAAAGACUCGCCAACAUCAGCUGCUCAACAACAGAGGGCAAUCAGCUCGAGGUACGUCAUUGAUUGA